UGUAUUGAAUUAUGUGCCAUCAACGUUCCUUGGUUUCGACAAAGAAGGAAGCUCAGUUCGCUUGUUGCCACAGGGUACUGUCGAUUACAAAGGUCUCCUUUUAUCCAUUAGGAAACUAGACCUUACGAAAUGUUUAAUCCUUACAUAUGAAUACGAUAUAAGACAGAUGAAAAUGAAUAAUAAAAAGACUGGGAAAAAUGCAGAUACAUUUGUAUUUAUAUUAGACUACAGCGGUUUUUCUCUGAGACAAGUUGCAAGCAAGUCAGUGAUGAAUAUCGUUUUUUAUUUGGUUCACGUCUUUGAAGCAAAUUAUCCAGAACGGUUGAAGAAAGCUUUUCUGAUAAACAUUCCCCCACUAUUUUCGACCGUGUUCUCUGCAGUAAAACCUUUCUUGGCUGAAGAAACAAGAGAAAAAUUUCUAUUUUUUGGCAAAGAUGGAUGGCAAGAAGAGCUGUUGAAAAACAUUGAUGCAGAAGUAUUACCAGCAUAUCUUGGUGGAAAGCGCACAGAUAAUGAUGGAGAUCCCGAAUGCGCGUCCAUAAUAGCUCCAGGUGGUGUCAUUCCGCAAAGUUAUUACCUUCAAAAUCAACCUCGUCUCUUCAAAAAUCCAGAUUCAGUUGAAGUUACAAUCGACUACAAAGCUGUCCAUCUGAUCGAAAUCCAUGUUCCUAACGAGACUUCUCUUCUUGAAUGGGAAAUUGAAACAGAAGAUGUCGAUAUCGGAGUUGGAUUAUUUUACUUGAAUAAAAUAAGCGUUUCCAAUGAAAAUAAAGAAGUUUACCCCGCAGAGGAAAUAUUACCCUCAGAGAGAUUGUCAUGUAACCCCGUAUCUGAUGUCGGAUGCUAUAUGUGCGACAAACCUGGAAUCUAUAUUCUGCAGUUAGACAACAGUUAUGGAAAAUUUCAUCGGAAAACAAUAGCUGCUUAUCGAAUAUCAGUUUCCCCUUUGUCAAAAAAGUAUGAAGUUUUGACUUCAACUUAUUUCAAACCUGCAAAGAAAAACUGACGUAUCAUUUAUUCCUUGCUUAAAUUUCAAUGCAUUGCUUAUUUUGUUUAACGCCAUCGUCAUCGUGAAGUGUAACAGUUUCAUUUUCAUUCAAUUCAUGUUUUUACUGAAAAGUGCAAUUCAUAUUUAUAAAGUAUCGGUUACGUUUUGCUAUUGUUUCAAACUGUGAAUUUUGUAUUAUAAAUAACGUAACUGAAAUAAAAUCGUUUUUUAAAAA